CGGGGCAGAGUCGCUGCCACGCGUGGGGCGCAGCCGCAGCGGGGUGAUGGCGCGCCGGGUGCAGGUGGGAGAUAAAAAAGCCCGUCCUGGCCGGCAGAAGCUGACCGGGGAACACAGCAAGGUGCGUGUUGCUGUAGGACAUGGUGCUAAGACAACCCCUCCCCCCCCACGUUGUUAUUGAAGUAAAAACAGGCUCUCGGUGGCCAUUAUGGUUUGGGGCUCAGCUUUGUGCACUGCUUACCAGGCCAUUCCUCAAGCAAACCCUCUGCACUGUGGUGCAGUCACCUGGACACUGGCAUUUGGGCUUGGGUGUCUCCUGUCCAGGCUCUGAGGCACCCAGACUGAGUGGUUUUCUACUUGUAAGGUCUGACAAAACACCCCAGAGAGCAAUCUGGCUGCAGGCCGUGUCCCUGUUGGACCGAAACUAGGCAUAGUGCUUCAAGGCAGAAAAUACUGUCUCGUGUCUCUGUCAGGCAUAAGGCCUUGACUUCAACCCCUACAGCAGAGGAAACUCUUUGCUGCUUGGGUGAGGAAGGGGAAGUUGUGUAGGGGGGAAGUGAGCAGUCACGCAGGCAGCAGCACCUGUUUAACCCCUCAGGCUGCAUUAACCAAGCAGACAUUGCCCAUGGAUGAGCUGGUACAUGACUUGGCCUCGGCCUUGGAGCAGACUUCGGAACAAAACAAGCUGGACGAGCUGUGGGAAGAGAUGGCUCUGAGCCCACGGCAGCAGCGGCGUCAGCUUAGGAAGAGGAGGGGUCGUAAACGGCGCUCGGACUUCACGCAUCAGGCGGAGCAUGCCUGCUGUUACAGUGAGGCCUCAGAGUCAAGCCUGGAUGAAGCCAUGAAGGAUUGUCGUGAGGUCCUGACUGCCAACUUUAGUGACUCGGAUGAUAUGGCAGUGGCCAAACGUCACCCUGCUCUGAGUGCCACCCUAAGAAGCAAGCAGCACUCUUGGCACGAGUCAGACUCCUUUACAGAGAAUGCACCUUGCCGACCCCUGAGACGUCGCCGGAAGGUCAAGCGCAUGACCUCAGAGGUGGCUACUAGCCUCCAGCAGAAACUCAGGGUAUCGGAGUGGAGUUAUGAGCGGGGCUGCAGGUUCAAGUCAGCUAAGAAGCAGCGCCUGUCGCGUUGGAAAGAGAAUGCCCCCUGGACAUCAUCCAGCCACAGCCUUUGCGAGUCAGCGGAGAACAGGCCCUUCCUCAACAAAGGAGGAAGAAAGGAGAGGAUGGAAUGUGAGGCGGAUGAACAGAAACAAGGCUCCGAUGAAAACAUGUCUGAAUGUGAAACCAGCAGUGUAUGCAGCAGCAGUGACACUGGCCUCUUCACCAAUGAUGAAGGCCGCCAAGGAGAUGAUGAGCAGAGCGAUUGGUUCUACGAGGGAGAAUGUGUUCCAGGAUUCACCGUCCCCAACCUCCUGCCCAAGUGGGGAGCUGAUCACCGAUCCGAGGUGGAGCGAAUGGACUCCGGCCUGGACAAACUCUCAGACUCCACAUUCCUUUUGCCCUCACGGCCAGCUCAGAGGGGCUUUCAUGCCCGUCUGAACCGCCUUCCAGGAGCUGCUGCCCGUUGUCUCAGGAAGGGUCGGAGGAGGCUCGCUGGCAAGGAGACCAGCAUGAGUGCUCUGGGUACUGAGAGGAUAGGUCAUAUCGUUAAUGACCCACGCCAAAAAGAUUUCUGGUUACCAUCAGUGGGGAAGAGAGAUCGCAACCAGGUAAGCCGGUUCUGCUCUACCCUUUUUAUUUUAUUUGGUUUCCUUUUCUCUAGAAAGAACAAAGUACUGGCUUCAGAUUUCCCUCAUGUUGCGGCCUGUGUACAUGAGUUCAAUCCAUUAUCUCCUCUCUACUCUCUGGAUGUUCUUGCUGAUGCAUCCCACCGAAGAUGCUCACCGGCACACUGCACUGCCAGACAAACAAACAUACAUCUGGGACCUCCUUGCUCAAGGGAUAUCAAGAGGAAACGAAAGCCAGCAGCAGCUACGGCCUCCAUUUCCAGUCUGACUUCAGCAACUUUACCUGUCCACGUGGAUGCAGCAGAUUCAGCCCUGCCGGCAACACAGUCCCAGAGGUCCCAGAGUUCUGACUGGACGGGUAGGACCCAGGCAGCUGAGAGAACCACUGCCGUGGCCUCUGCUAACUUUUUUAAAACACCGCAAGAGAAGAGCCCUGGAUACAGUUAAAUGGAGGCAUCUCUCCUCAUAAGAGCCUGUUGGAACUCUAAAAUGUUGGACUUUGACAUAUGUCAACAUCCAAACAUCUUGUUUGGCAAUAACCGUGUCUUCAGUGUUGGUGCGUGAUACGCAUUGUCGUUCAGACUGAGCUGCGUGCCCCACAUCCCCAAAACACGUUUGUGAAUCAGUGUAAAAAGUAACUGUUGAUGUUGGGACUGUGGCAGCUUUUUAAAAUGUUCCUGCUAUUGCUGUGAGUAUUUAUUACGUGCUCAUCUCCCAUCCAGCAUCUAUUAGCAUCUGCUGGGGCAUGUACAGAACCUUUUGGUUUUACAGAUGUUGAACUUUCUUGUGCAGCUGGUUACUCCUGCGGGGCAUAUUAUUUGUUGCUGUAUUUAGCAUUUUUCAAGAGAAUCCACUUCAGGUCUGGGGAGGUAAAACUGUUUCCAGCAAGGACAGGAACAAAGGCCAGCAAGGAUCCAUGGUCAGGGGGGAAGAGGAGGGAGACAGAGAAUGCAAACCAGGUUUCAAAUGUGCAGCUUGAAUUCUGGAUUAAUAAAAUGUCCAGAAGCCUCUUGCUAAUGGACUUGAGUCAGGAUGGCUCUAAUGAAGCAGAUGUAUGGGUAUCUAUUCAGAAGUCCCCUUGGCUUACAAGCAGCAUGGCUUUUCAGAGCUGUUCCUCUCCCAUGUGUGGAGUGUCUUUAGUCUUGCCUCAGUAUUGUAUAUUCUUCCCCAUAUCUCCUGCUGGACAAGAGAUUGGCAGAACUCAUUAGACAUAAAUGAGCAGGCUAGUGUUAUGAGUGGGAUCAAGUGGCUCUAAAAUGUCCUGUAAGAAAUGCUUCUGUGGGAAGUGACAGAGGAAAUGCUAAUCUACCUUUUGGUGGAUGCUCAUUUUCAAAAGCUGCUGCAAGCAUCCCCCAGGACACUUGAAGUCAAAGUCCAGGUGCCACUGUACUGAAAGCCAUUUAAAGUAUUGGUUGAGUUCAAAACACUCUCUCUGUACAGACUGGACCAUUUCUUGUCUCAUUCUUCCUACUUUUUUCAGAAAGUACUGUUUUGCAGUGCAUAUUGGAAGGGUCUAUCUGUCUGUACUGGAUUGUAGUCCACUCUGCAAUAUAUAUAGGAGGAGGGUUCCCUCUAUCUCUGAUAGUAUUUCACUUUGCAGUAUUUAUAGGAGGGAU